AUGGGAACAGUCGAUGUAACGAUAUUUUGUGAAUUUGUUUCUUGGCGAGAAUUGGAAGCGUCCAGGAUCCUUGUUACACUCAGAAUUCCGGCAUCCAAAUAUUCCUGGACAUAUGAGGUUUUUGAUAUUUGUCUUAGUGUUUGUAAUUCAGCAAGCGCUUGUUCCAUUACAACAGCACGUUUAGAAACUCGAAAACUUGAACCAGGAAAUACAUCAGAAAGUGGAUUUUUACCUUACUUUAAGGAUAAUGGAUUCAAGCAAUAUAUUGUUACUAUUUGCUCAUUUUUUGGACUACAAUAUUUUUUAAAGUCCAAUGGACUGUCUGUAACAAUAAUUUAUGACAACCUUCAACAAAUUUAUUUCAGUCUCAACUUCAUUGCUUUGAUCUUCUGCCUAAUUCUUCUCUACAAGGGAAUUUACUUCCCGACCAAUAAAGACUGUGGACCAUCUGGAAAUUGGAUAUUUGACUAUUAUUGGGGGACUGAGCUUUAUCCGAAGAUAUGGGGGAUUGAUAUUAAAGUAUUCACAAACUGUCGUUUUGGUAUGAUGGUUUGGGGACUACUUGUGUUUAUUUUUGCAAUCAAGAGUUGGGAGUUACAUGGAUUUGUUGAUUCCAUGUUUGUGAAUUCAUUUCUUCAGUUGUGUUAUAUCAGCAAGUUUUUUUGGUGGGAGAUUGGAUACAUGAGGACUAUUGAUAUCGCAGUUGAUCGAGCAGGGUUUUAUAUAUGUUGGGGUUGUCUAGUAUUUGUCCCUACGCUGUACACUCUGGUUAGUAUUGUUUUACGUAAUAGUUAGAGUGGAAUGUAUCUUGUAUCCAGACCUGUAUAUCUCGGCUGGUUUUGUUCAAUCUGUCUCUUAGUUUUUGGAGUUGGUGCUAUUUUUGUUAAUUAUGAUAUUGAUUGGCAAAAGAAAAAAGUAAGAGAAACAAAUGGAAAUUGUUUUAUUUGGAGAAAAAAACCAAAGUUUAUAAAAGCGGCUUAUACCACAACCGACAAUCAAGUUCGUCACUCGCUUUUGUUGGCCAGUGGGUGGUGGAGUUUGAGUCGGCAUUUUAAUUAUUUUGCCGAGUUGUGUUCUGCACUUUGUUGGACACUGCCGUGUGGAUUUGGGAGUUUACUUCCAUAUUCUUAUUUUAUUUUUCUAUUUGUUUUGCUCUUACAUCGCAGUUUCCGGGAUGAGAAGAAGUGCAGACUCAAAUAUGAAAAAUUUUGGAAUUUGUAUUGUGAUGCAGUCCCAUAUAAAAUAAUUCCGUUUAUUUACUAG